AUGGCAAAUGGCGUAUCCGACGUCAAAAAGAAGAAGAAAAGCGCCUUCUCAUGCGAGCCCUGCAGGAGACGCAAAGUCAAGUGUACGGGCGAGAAGCCACAGUGCAGCCGAUGUAUCGCUCGCAAUGAAGCUUGCGUAUAUCACUUGCCACCCACCAUCUCGUACACCCAAAAGCUAGAGGCUCGCGUUCAGGAACUUGAAAGAGCGUUGGCAGGGUCCCAGACCACACAGUCUCCAUCAAGCUUAUCCAGAUCUGAGCCGUCGCCUCGAGUCCCUCCGUUUGAAGGAGCCAGGCCGGCAUCGAGGGAUGCCAUUCCAUACCAAAGCUCAACUAGUUUCUUCGAGCUGGUCACUGGCCACGGUUCCAGUGCACUGCCGAUAACACAAACAUCAAAUCAUCUCGACAGCCGCAGGGAGCGACUAGUCGAGAAUGCUGAGAAGCAGAGGUCAAGAGAACUACUGGCGGCAACACCUGAGCCUUUCAAAUUCAUGCUUAGCAACCACUGGUGCUGGAUUCAACCUCUUUUCAACUUCAUCUACCGUCCCGCGUUCACGCGUGACAUGCAAGCCUUGGGCCCUUACUACUCACACACAUUACUGAAUGCAGUUCUUGCGCACUCCGCUCGUUGGUGUAGCCGAGAUCCUGCCAUCGCUCCGCUUCUCGAACCAUACGACCAAGGCCAGUUAUUUUCCAGACACGCACGAACCCUCAUGUUCGAAGAAGUGGUAGCAGGGAAGGGCACUGUUCCACUAGUUCAAACUCUACUUAUUUUGAGCGCCCAGGAAUGCGGUGCUGGAAAUGCAACUCAGGCUUGGCUGUAUAGUGGAAUGGCGUUUCGCUACAUUCAAGAUAUGGGAAUUUGUGUCGACAAUGAGAUCUAUGCUACACAGCCACAUCUAACCGAAGAGGAUUUGGAAAUUAGAAACAGACUCUUUUGGAGUUGCUACUUUUGGGACAAAAUCAUCUGCCUCUAUCUUGGUCGUUCACCCUCAUUAAAACACACAAGAAUAUCUCCUCCACAGAUGCUUCUUGACGACUCUGCAGAAGAUGAGAUCUGGGUUCCUCAUGGGCUGUCCUAUCCAAGUGGACAAGAAUAUCCGCUGAGAAAAUCGCAUGCAACCUCAUGUUUUAUGCAGAUGUGUAAGUUGUCAGUUACUUUCCAUCAGAUACUCCUGCAUAUGUAUGAUCGAGAGCAAGAUCAUAUGGACACCGAGCGACAACAGUGCGUUGAGGAUCAAGGGACCGCCCUUAGUAUCUGGUGGCAGGAUCUCCCAGAACAUCUCAAGAUCGACCCCAUGUCCCUGCCGGCUUAUGCGCCUCCAAGUCACAUCAUCACGCUGAAUUGUCUCUUUCACACUUUCUCGAUUUUAUUGUAUCGCCCCAUGGUGUUUGGAUCCACGUCUUUGCCACUCGGCUUCGCACUAGAAUCAGAUUAUCUGAGGAGAUGUAUAGCUUCAGCCAACGCUAUUAUUUUUAUUAUUCAAGCUUCUGGCGCAUUUGAUGCACAAGUUUCGAGGAAACUAAACUACUGCGUAACUGCUUUGGAACAUGCCAAAGAAUCAGCGCCCAUACUUAAGCAUGCUCUGGAACUUCUCUUGAGAGAAAUGUCUAAACUACAGCCCAAGCCCAGCUCAUCAUCGGCAAAAGCGACAGAAGAGGAUAUUGCCAGGCCGGGCCAUACCGACUAUAACCAAGCUCAGAGAAUGUUUCUGGACAAUCCAGACUUCCAGGAACCCUCACCGAACACUUCCAUUGGGCUACCGGAGUUUGACUUUUCAGAUGUCCAGGUGGAUCCAAGUAUCUUCGAAGCAUUUUCUGGCCUGGAGCCUAUCAGUGUUCAAGUCGGUGGGUUUGAGGAGAAUUGGUGA